UUUUAUCCAAUCACACAUAGCGACUUGAAGUAACCGGAAAAGGUCUAAUACAUUUCAGUUUGAAAAGCUUCUGAAACUAAAGGUUGCAUUAUGUCCUGUAACACCAGUGUUACUCAUGUUCAUAUAUCAUCGGUGAGCCAGGCACAGCGUGCUCCAGUCCACCUCAUGCCCUGUGAGAUUGAACACAAUGGGCCGGCCCAGGUCUCACAAUACCUCACUGCUACAACAAAAGAUCGCAAAUAUGAGAAGACAGUGUCAUUCAGAGGGCGUGGGCUGAAAGGGCAGGAGCUUAGCUGCCCACAGGGCUACACCGGCCUGGUGCUGAAAGAAGUUGUCGACAAGCCCGGCUCUGACCAAGAGGACAGGACUGUGAGGGUGUCUUCUGUGUUUGACAAAGUGACCUACUGGAACCUGGAAACUCCUCCAAACUCUGAUGACACAGUUGUGAUGGCAAUGGACUGGCCUGAGCUGGCUGAGGCAAUCCAUGGACCAGUAGAAGACUGAACAAAAAGACUUCCUGCUAAACUGGGGCAGGCUGGUGUCACCUCCAUGUGUUAGAAAUGAAAUGCAUGGAAUUAAACUAAUUUGCUGGUUAAUGCCAACUAGUUCACUGUUACUGUUGCAGAGCAAUAAGUAACAGAUGUCAUGUUUAUAUUUUCUAUAUGUUCUUUUGUAGUGAGAUAAGAAAAAAUAAAAGAUAAUGCAGA